GGAGCAGCACGAGGACCGACAAACCUCCGCAUUACCGUGAGUCUCGUCCAAAUUGGACUACGAUAAAGAAGUCGCCGCUUUGUUGCCAUUUCAAGCUCUCUGGUAGAGCAGACUAUGCGCCGGUAGCCCUUAUCUAUUGAAUUAGCUCAGCUCAACACACGCUCUACGCUCAAGAAACCAUGGCCAGCUCUUCAACGCCGUACUAUGCCCAAGAUGAACCCCGCGACGAUGAAUCUAUCUUGGACGAUGGGGUGAUUGAGGCCGAUGAUGCUAUCGAUGCCGAUGACCCUCUCCACGAAACUGAUAGAACGCCAUUACGCGGCAACAUCGAACCGGAUUCGUCGAGUUCUCGUGGCGGCGGCGGCAACAACCUCUCCAGUGGCUACCUCACAUCUAGAAUCCCAGGCGAGGACCGUCGCGCACCGCAAAACACCAUCGAUGAGAGCGUAUGGCAGACACUCUCCCGCGACCUUUUGGCGGUCUGGGAGAAGAUGCGCCAGGUCCUCUACCCCAAGUAUCUGGUUGGCGGUAUACUGCAGCGCGGCGGAGGCGGUAUUGGAGCCGCUGAACGCGGAGAAGCUUCUGGCUUUGGCGGCGGCAUGAGGAAUGCUCUUGGACGCUGGCCAGAUGCUGAUGUUGUGCUGCAAGGUGGCAUGAGUGAGGGAUUGAGAGAUUGGGAUCUUUGGGGUCCGCUUAUUUUCUGCCUGCUUCUGAGUAUGUUUUUGUCCAUGGCUAAAGGCGAUCAGUCGGAUGUGGUAUUCUCGGGAGUGUUCUCGCUCGUUUGGAUUGGUGAGGCUGUCGUUACGCUGCAGAUUAAGCUGCUGGGUGGGAAUAUCUCGUUCUUCCAGUCCGUCUGUAUCAUCGGUUACACGCUCUUCCCUCUGGUUAUCGCCGCACUUCUCAGCGCAAUGGGUCUCCCGACGAUUGCGCGGAUACCGGUUUACCUCGUCUUGAUCGCUUGGUCUUUGGCCGCAGGCGUGAGUAUCCUCGGUGGCUCUGGAGUCGUGCGAAACCGGGUGGGAAUUGCGGUAUAUCCGCUUUUUGUCUUCUACAUCGCGAUCGGGUGCCUUUGCUUCAUCAGCUAAACGAUAUGAGGCAUGCAGUGCAACAUUUUGGUGGACAGUCUCGAAGAGUGCCACAACGGGGACUUUGUCUGUGACUUGGUUAUGUCUUCUCAAUGCGAUUCUAGCUCUAUCCUUCCAUGUCAUAUUUGUAUUUUGUAAAGUACUAGAACUCUGCCUGUACCAUGAUAUCCAAUGAAACAAUUUCCUAGAUAUGUUU